AUGGCCGUAUUUGAAUUGGAAAGUGGAUCAAUGGAGGCAAUUUCCCGGCGUCGAAUACAUUCUCUGCAUUCGUCUAUCACCAGCACUGGGGGUUCAUCAGUACAUGCUCUACACGGCCUAGUUGGUAGAGGUCGCACUCCCCAAGGGUCCUCUCGGACCAAUGUGGUGAUCAAUUUGUUUCCAUUCAUGGAGUGGCUGAUUCAGGAAAACCAGUGA